AUGAUCAAGAUUGCUAGCAACUAUCUGCGCCGUAAAAGUAAUAAGGAAAUCGAAGCAGUUGCACGGAUUGCCGACAGGAGAAAACAGGCGCGAAGCCGGAACGGGAAAGAACAAAUUCCAAUUGAAAGUAUGAGCUAUGGAAGGACUGGCAUUGUUCAUUCACUUGAUGAAGAAGGUAUUGCCAGGAUAAUUUUCGAUGACUGGAAAAAGAGUUUUCAGGGAGUAUUUAUGAGUGACAGCGGCGACUGUGUUUCUCUUAUGGGUCAUUCGAUGGACCACGGUGAUUCUCCUUCAACAAGCCGUAUGGUAGUUAUUGUUGAAGACUCAGAAACUGGAGCAAAAUUCAAAGCAGAAGGUGUUCGUGUAGAGUUUUACAAAAACCCGAAUCCUAUUGGAUCACAUGCGUUUGUAAAUCUACAAAGUGAAUCUGUUAAUUUUACUACAGUUGCAGUGUUUCAUGGAAUGCGUGCGGAUGUGGAAAUUCAGAAGUUCAUGGACCCACGUUUGGUUGAAACUGGUCGUGUUGUUCAUUUGGGCAGGAUGUCUAUCCAUUUAUCAUUAAAACAGCGCAUUAAGCCGGCUAUAAGACGUGAAAGUGAAUCUGUAGACAAUGGGGAUCUGGCUAUUCUUGAAGUUUCUAAUGAUUUUCUUGCUUAA